AUGCCUCGAGGUCGCCCAGCUUACCUUCCCGCCCAGGAAGACAUCACAAACACUUACAUGGAUGAGCAGUAUAUGCCAGGCGGGGCCAUGGAAGUUGAUCAAAUCACUGCUAACUCCACGGAAUCUCAUGUCAGUGCCGCCUGGACGACCAUUCUUGCCUGCGUUUUUAGCAGGUGGGAAGGCUGGGCUGUAAACCAAGAACACAACGUCCCAGGUGGCAGGCUCGACAUGAAAGUUUCACACAAGGUCGGCCGCACUAGUUUGAACUUCCUUGUCCUAGAACUCAAAGGUGCCGCCCAGUCAACUUCGCCUGUUUCCUUGUCCAGAUACGAGGAACAACUAAAGGGCUACCUUCUGGCUUUGGGCAAUACAGAAAAUGAACUACUGUGGGGAGCACUCUGCGUUGGCAAAAAUGUACAGUUCUAUCAACUCCAAAAGAUAGGGUGGGACGAGGGCUACCUUAACUCGAUGCAUGAAGCGCUAAACUUCUUCUUUCUUCUUACCUACAUCCACCCCAGCUACUCCAGCUACUCCAGCUUCAUUCUUCACACCCAGAGCCCAGAUUUCUUUUCCCACAAUAACAUCCCAAACUAUUCAUCAUCAAAACCUCAUCUCCCACACAUCAUGGCUAAUCAAGCCCAUACUGUCGAUUCUUCUGGAGAUCAUGUCAUGACUCCCCCUCCCAUGUCUCAGGGCGAAUUUGAGAAUGCUAUCAAUCGCGCAAUCGAGGUUGCUAUCAACAAAGCCUUGAGUGGUUUGCACGAAUACAUCCCUCAACUCGUCGAUCAAAAAAUUGCCGCUGAAAAGGAGAAUCUUUGCGUCGCUGUCGCGGCUAAGGUCGUCGCUCAACUUGAGAAAACCGUGGUCGACGCUUAG